AUGUCGUACUUACUGCCGCACCUCGAGAGCGGCUGGGCCGUCGACCAGGCGAUCCUGAACGAAGGCGACCGCGUGGUCGUGCUCCGCUUCGGCCAUGACCACGACCCGACGUGCAUGCAGAUGGACGAAGUGCUGUGCGGCGUCGCGGAGGACGUGAAGAAUUUUGCUGCGAUUUAUGUGGUCGACAUCACGGAAGUGCCCGAUUUCAACACCAUGUACGAGCUCUACGACCCCUGUACGGUCAUGUUUUUCUUCCGGAACAAGCACAUUAUGAUCGACCUUGGCACGGGCAACAACAAUAAGAUCAAUUGGGCGUUUAACAACAAACUCGAGAUGAUUGACAUCAUUGAGACCGUCUAUCGAGGCGCGCGGAAAGGCCGCGGACUUGUUAUUUCGCCGAAAGACUACUCGACGAAAUACCGCUACUAG